AUAACUGAGAUGCCAUUAAUGGUAGCCAGGGUGCUGCCAUUACUGCUAUGGUAACUGCAAUACCAUGACACGAACUGGCAUGCAGUUAUGGUAACCAGAAUGCCACCAUUACAGUAACUGGGAGGCUGUUACUGUAACCAGGAUGCCAAGGUAUUCCAUUAACUCCGUGGCUGUUGCAGGGGAGCCGUUGCAGGGUCUCUGUGGCACUGGCCAUGGCAGUACCAAACAGCCAGAGCUCCUCACUGCAGCAGGAGGAGGUCAGACAGGGCAGGGGUUGGGAAGAUGGAAGCUGUCCUGGGAGCAGCUGUGGGCAGGAGGCCAGGGAGCACCCAAAGUGCUGGGUAUCGUCCCUUGAGGUGCUGCAGUGGAUCAUGGAGUCGCGGCUGAAGAAGUGUGUGGAGUUGGAGCUGCACCUUGCAGGAAGGGAGCAGGCAGUGAUCCGCCGAGAUGCCCUGUCCCAUCUUGUCCUGGAUGAGCACCUACAGCACCAGCAGGAGCUGCGCCAGCAGGGGAAAGCCUUCUAUGUGGAGCGGCUCUGAGUGCUCAGCCCAGUGUGUGGCUCUGGCCUGGAAUCGCCCAACUCGUGACUAAGAAUAAAACAUG